AUGGCUGAUGAAGUGAGUACCUGCAGCCCGCCAGUUGUUGUAUUGCACGAUCCGGACACUGACCGCCAUGUACUUCAGGGUGCUUCCCCCCGCGAGCUGGUCGUCGAGGCUUGUCGCCGAGACCAGCAAGACCUGAUUGAGCAGGUUCUUAACGGCAUGAAUGACAAGACCAAUGAGGAGGUUGCGGAGUUCUUCAACAAUGUGACUGAUGCUUUGGGAAACCAUGCACUGCAUGUUUGCGCUUUAUACGGGAGCUAUGACGUUAUGGACGCCUUGUUCGAUAUCCAGUACUUCGAGUGCGACCCCCUGACCCGCAACGAUAAAGACACACCGCUACAUGUCGCCGUGCGCUUCGCCAACGAAAAGGACGCAGAGCUGGGCGAGGCCAUGAUUAACAUGAUGUGUGAGGCUGGUUGUGAUCCCCGAGUGCGGAAUAAGCAUGGUCAAAAACCUGCGGAUCUGGUCUUCAACAAGCCUGAGAUUAAGCAGACCUUGCAAAAGGCGGAGUAUAUUCUGGCCGAGGGAAUCCAAGAUGAGGAAAUGGGCGACGAUAAUGAUGUGGCCAGUGAUAGCGAAUAA